AUGUAUCCUGCACCGAGAGUCCCUCAUCCUCAAGGUGGUGCCUCGCUUAUGGUCGCCUUCCAAUGCAAAACAAAACGUGCCCUUGUAGUGGGUAACAAUGCCAUUGCCGCCAGUCGGGUGCUUACUUUGCUCGAAGCCGAUGCUGCUGUUUCGCUUGUUGGCGUUCAAGAUACCAUGUGCACAGAACUUCUUUAUCGUAUCGAGCAUCAACAAGUCUCCUGGUUGGGUGAACAUUGCCAUGACGACCUCAUUGAUCAACACGAUCUGGUGUUCGUAUGCAUGUCCGAUCGUAACGCUGCCGAGACUAUUGCCAAGGCUUGUCGUUCUCUACGUGUACCUGUCAACGUAACUGAUAACAACGACCUGUGUGAUUUCUUCAUGACUUCGACGUAUCGGGAUCAAUCUCUCCAAGUGGCAGUAUCGACCAAUGGGCAAGCAUCCAAGCUCUCCAAUAGGAUCCGCCGUCAUAUCACAUCUUCUUUACCACCCAAUCUUGGUGAUGCUGUGCGACGUGUGGGAUUGUUACGACAAAAAGUACGUGAAUCGGAUCCAAGUGCAGCAGCCAGCAGUCGUCGGAUGAAAUGGUUGGCUCAAAUUUGUGAAUAUUGGAGCAUGGAUCGAUUAGCACAGCUAUCGGAUCGUGAUAUGGAGGAUUUAUUGGAGGCGUAUCAUCAAGAUGAAGGGUAUGAGAGUCUUGGCACUGCUGGUAGAAUUGCAUCAUUAGGCGCACCACCAACACCAGCCAACAUCACCACCACCACAACAUCAACAGCAACACGUACUGGAACCAUCACAUUGGUAGGAGCUGGUCCUGGUGAUCCCGAUUUGUUGACAAUGGCAGCCCACAAAGCUAUCCAAAAUGCCGAUCUCGUACUUGCAGACAAGAUUGUUCCAGCCGAAGUGAUUGCUUUGGUCAAGUGUGAUCUUAAGAUCGCUCGCAAAUUUCCUGGCAACGCCGAUGCAGCACAACAAGAAUUCAACGCUAUGGCACUUGAAGCAUUGAAACAAGGCAAAAAUGUGGUACGACUCAAACAAGGAGAUCCAUUUUUAUUUGGACGUGGUGGUGAAGAGGCAUUAUUCUUCCGCAAACAUGGCUACACAACCGACAUCAUUCCCGGGAUUUCAUCCUCUGUGGCUGCACCACUGCUAACUGGCAUCCCUCUUACUCACCGCUCGGUUGCAUCUCAAUUUUUGGUGACCACUGGUACAGGCGCAAGAAAUUCACCAGCACCCUUACCUACCUUUGAUCCACAUCGCACCGAUGUCUUUCUUAUGGCGAUCCAUCGAUUGAAUGCUUUGACAGAAAGUUUAAUCGCCACACAAAAAUACCCAUCGGAUGUUCCUUGUGCUAUUGUUGAACGAGCAAGUUGCCCUGAUCAACGCGUCAUUUGGGGAAAGCUUAAGGAUAUUGCUCAAGUCUUGGAUAGCGUAGGUGGAAGUCGACCCCCUGGAUUGCUGAUUGUGGGACAUGCCAUCAAUGUCUUGAAGCAUGAAAACCAUGGAGAUGAAGGUGUGGCCAAUACAUUGCUCACAGCGAGUGGAUCUUGCAUGCAGGAUGCUGGAAAUCUUUUGCAACUUCAUGACCCAGAAAAUGUAUGCUAA